AUGAGUCCGCGCGACAAUGAACAACUUCGACAAACCGCGUCACCCACUAGGAAUGAUGGAUCUUACCCAGAGCUCUUCUGGAGGCUCCUGGAAAAUGGAGACGCAAUGGACGCCAUCUUGAAUGUUCCUAGACAUGAUGUUCCUGAAAACGCUGUCUACAGUAUCAAACAGUGCUACAACGCCUUUGUUCGAAAAACCAAUACACGAGGUUCGAGACGGCGUAACACUCCCGAUGAGCCAGACCCGUUCGAAGGCACAGACGAGCCGGAGCAGAACCCAGAGAACACGGAAGCUCAAAUCGUGGCCGAGCACGCGUGGGGGGCGAUUUUUAUCAUCAAAACCCUGCGGCCGCCAGAGUUUAUCCACGCUCACCUCGCUAAACAGGCCAGCCAGAUUGAAUCGUCGAAUAUGGAGCCUCAGCGGGCGCGCGCCAUGGCGCUGCUGACCGACGUUGACUUCUCUGGAGACCCGGGCCAGGAAAAAGUUGGAGUUCAGCUGGCACAGUCGACACGCGACGUGGCGCACGCGCUCAAGGUGCGAGUAACCUAUACCAUGGACAUCGCUGCUCGCUCUGAUAUGGAUCGUGUUCGCUACUGCUUCACCGGGUUGAUGUGGUAUGAUAUAGUCAAGUUGAUUCGACCAGACAUCACCGGCACACGACUUGGACAUCUCGUCAAGAAGGAUAUUCGACCACUCCUGGAGGCCGUGUACACGGGCAACAUCACGCCUGCGUGGAUGGACGCCAUCCUGACCGAGGUCAGUACUAGCUGCAAAGUCGGCCACCGGCUCAACGAGCUCAGCAAUCGGUACGGCGAAUCCUGCAUCUUCGUCUUGGCUGGGAAGCUGUCGAAAAACUUCAUACUCUCACGCUUCACCACAAGUGGCGCUGUCUGGGAGCGCGCGUUGCGGCAUAUGGAUCAAUUGAAAUUGGGAGACUUGUGCAGGGAAGACGGGCUCUUGGAUCUUGCCCGGCAAGUCCGCAAAUUGCUGAUUGAAGAUAUCCACACAAACCUAGCGGGAUACUUGCAACAGAAUGUCACCUUGACACCUUAG